AUGAUCAAAGACCUCGCCCAGGCGUUGCCCCGCCACAAUAAACUCCUCAGACAGAUCACGCGACUCAACAUCAUCGCGGGCACGCCCGAAACCGCGUUCAAAUUCGGCCCCGAGCUCAAGAAGUUGGAGGUGGUCAUCUACAGCAAGAACAUUCUCGCCCACGGCGCCGGUUUGAAGAAGUUCUGGAAACUCAACUUGCCCACCUUGAAGUUCCACAACGACGACGUUGAUUUCGUGGUCACCCGUGUCAGACCCACCAAGAGAGAGGACUUUGACAAGAUUCCACUUGAAGUCAGACUACACCAGGAAAACGGAAAGAUGCAAAAGGUCGACUGCACCAAUAAGGACAACGAGAGCAUUUUGCGCGAGGUGGUGGAGAUGAUGAAUGCCAAGCUGGUGGCGGAGAAGGACAUUCCUACCUUGUAUAGAUAUGAGCACCAGAAACCAGUGGCUGAGGCUGAGGCCGAGGCUUUGUAA